CAUGAUUGGAAGUAAAUUCUGAUUUUAAAAAAUUUGGAUGUGAUUGUACUUCAAUAUGGCGAACCGCGACAAAGGACGCAAAAAGUGGGGAGAAUUUUUACAAGAUAAUUCAAAAUUAGAAGAGGAUAGGUCAAUAGGAAUGAAAGGUGGAGGAAAUAGAGCACCUCAAGCUUUAUAUAGGCCAGGAAGUGGACCUCUUCGAAAAUCAGGAAGAUCUACAGAUGAUUUAGAUAAUGAAAAUAUUUCACGGGAAAAACCUAAAUCCAGCUCCGUCCAACAUCGUUUAAAACAGUCACAACUCAAUAAAUCCAACCAAAAUCAAAAUAAUCCACCAUCAUCUAAAGUUGAAAAUGUAACAGAAAAAUUGAAUGAUCUAAAUAUUAAUUACAGAAGCAUUACAAGCAUUGAACAGGCACAAGGUUCUUCUCAAAAUAGUAAUUCUGGAGAUUCAAGAAGGAAAGCUAAGAAACCAGAACAGCUAUUAUAUGUACCUAAAAAAGUAAAAGAAGCAUUGGCUGAACAAGAUGUAACAAAUAGAUCUCCCAAUCAAGGAGGUUGGGAUCAGGAUCAAGAGAGAGAGCAUAGUGAAGAUCGUGAUUCUCAUUCCAAUCGUAGUCAUAAAAGUGAUAGUCAACGUAAUCGGUUAAGUGGUCAUGGUAGAAGAAAUAGCGAAAGUGGAAGUAAAAACCGAGAUGAGCAUGAUAAAAGAUAUUCAGGUAAUCGAAGAACUCGGCAUGGUAAUGAAAAUGAAGAGCGUUGGCGAUCUGAUUCUCCUUUAUCUAGCAGAGGUUAUGGAAAUAGGAAAGAUAGUUCUCGUGAAGUUAGACAGUGUUCAGAACCUCUUUUUGCAACAACGAAUCACUUAAAUGAUUUCAAUCGUACUAGAGAUACACGUAGCGUAGAACCUGCUGGACAUCCAGAAAAGUUUCAAGGCAAACCACCAUCAGGCAAAUGGGGUGGCACUAAAGAUAGUUUGCCAAAAAAUAUAAAAAUAGAACACUUACCACCUAGAUUCCAGAAAAAAUACCUUUUGGAUAAUGGUUUGCCCUUACCACCAAGUUCCUCACCAUCUGAAGAUACAUGGAAUAGCAAUAGUGCUUCAUUUCAGGCACCAUCAAACUAUAAUUUUCCACCUGCAAUGCAACAUUCACAAACGAUGCAAAGUUUACCUCCAUCUGGUCCAUUACCUCCACAAACUAGCUGGUCUAAUACAGCACCACCACGAGCUAGAGGUAGAGGUAGACUUAGACCAGAAGAUUUAGAAAGUUCAACAAACGUUUUUAGGUGUGUUACACCUGAUCAGUAUUCAGCUCCAAGUUCCAGAUCUCAUACACCAAGCCAAGAAUUUAUGCAAAGUAGAUCUUACGAUCGUCGUGGCAGUAAUAGUACUAUGUAUACUAGUAUGGAAAGUUUAAGUCGAGUAGAUAGUUCAACAAUACCACCGCCAUCAUCAGCAUCACCCGUUACUUCAAUGUCCAGUGUGAACAAACGUCAAAUAUCGCCAGAGAGUCAUCGUCGAGGAAUAUCUCCGUCUCCAGCUUUUCACCGCACUCAAACGCAACGGUGUAGCAAUACAUCUGAGCGUAAUACAAUACAAGAAAAAAAGAAUGGUCAACAAAAUUCAGGUGUCAGUUCAUCAAAAGGUGAAUCUAUCAACACUGCAUUAAAUAUAUCUGCUGAACAUCCAUUUGAUUGGAGUGAAGACGUUGAAUUAAGUGAGAAGCUAGAAGCUGAGCGUGCAAGUCGUAGUUCAUCUGUAUUGAGUUUACGUGAAAAUGUUAAUGUGUCAGGAAAUGAAACUACAACAAGUAGUCAUAGUCGACGUAAAAAAAAAAAGAAGAAACAUGCGGCAGAUCGAGGGAGGAGUAAUAGCAGAGAUAAAGCUCGUGUUAAUAGUCGUGAUCGGCAAAAUAAUCAACAAAAUAGAGAAAAUGAUAACUAUAACAAUAAUCAAAAAAACAAUAACAGUAGCAGGAGAUAUGACCACAAAAGACACCGUAAUAUUAUACAACGUAGUCGAGAAUCUAGCAAAGAUAGAAGUUAUCGUGGUGGUAAUCGGAACUUUGAUGACCUUCAUCGACAUAGAGCGUCCGAUCGAUAUCUAGAUGAAAAUUGGAGAACAGGUAGAAAAAUGUCAGUUUGUGAUUCUGACGAUGGUCGACAAACACCUAGUGUUUCUUCUCAUUCUGUCCCGUUAGCAAAUACUAUGACAGCACAUCAAACAUCACCUACUGGAUAUACCAGUUCUCAACCACCGGGUGUUUUAGUGUUACCUGAUACUAGCCAAUCUCCACCUAAUCAUCAAACUUCGAGGCAACAAGGAGUGCAACAACAAAGAACGUUAUUUGAUCCCAAUAAUCCUAAUAAACCAAUUGUUAUUAUCUCUCCUAGUAGUAGAGCAGCAGUACAAAGAGAAAGUGAAACUACAUCUCAAGGUUCAAGUAUACCAGUGUUUCAAUCUCAUGGGGGUAUUAGCUCUACUCAUCAUAACUUCCAGGGAACGCAUUUGGAUGGCGUGCCACCACCAUACAUGACAAAUGACCAAUUUGGAAAUAUAAGACCUUCAUGGUAUGAUCCUUACUCCGAUAGUUUUCGAGUAGCUAAAAAUCCUUACUUACUCUUGGAUAUAGAACGUGCAGAUUUAGAAUUGCAGUGGAUACUAAGUUCUGGUGGUUUUACAUCAAAUUGGGAGAGGGUUUUGUACAUACGACACUUUCUACAAGAAAGUUUAAAAACUUUGCUCGAGACUGAUAUCAAAUUUUGUCAAGCUGAGAACGUUGAACAACAUUUUUGGAAAAUACUUUUUUAUAAUAUGAUCGAAAUGCUGCGAAAAGGCAUGCCUAAAGAAAGUUCUGAAGGUCGAGAACAUUAUAAAAAAAUUAUGUUAAAAAUUAUUGACGAUGGUACCGUAUAUUUAGAGAGUUUGUUGACUGUUCUUGAAACGAAAUACGAAUUUAAAUUGGAUACAUUUCUUGCAUCGUCGACUUUGCCUAAGGGUCUUGGGAUCUUAGGUUUAGCCUUAGUAAGUGCGCAAAAAAUAUAUCUAUUUUUGGGUGAUUUGGCGAGAUAUAGAGAACAGGCAAAUGAAACAAAUAAUUAUGGAAAGUCUCGGCAGUGGUAUUUGAAAGCGCAACAACUUAAUCCAAAGAAUGGAAGACCUUACAACCAGCUUGCAUUACUAGCACAUUAUGCUAGGCGAAAGUUGGAUGCGGUGUAUUAUUAUAUGCGAUCUCUUAUGGCAUCUAAUCCUUUCCAUUCUGCAAGGGAGAGUUUAAUAGCACUUUUUGAUGAAAACAGGAAGAAGUAUGAAUCGACGGAACGGAAACGGAAAGAGGAGAGAGAGUGGAAAGAACGAGCCAGGAUGAAAGAGAAAGAGGGAGCGAACAAUAUUGGUGGAGGACUAAGAAGAGAAAUUUGGAUUCAUCCUGGUGGAAGACGAGUUCAUCGUACAACUACUGCAGCCACUGCCAACGAAGCGAGAUUAUCUCAUAGCGAUUUAGAAGAAUUGGCACAAUUAAGCAGCGUUGAGGUAAAUAAACGGUUCGUCACAUCCUACCUUCACGUUCAUGGAAAGCUGAUCAAUAAGAUAGGAAUGGAGACGUUCCAAGAAGCUGGUGUUCAGAUGUUAAAGGAGUUCAGGGCGCUUCUUCAGCAUUCGCCGCUGCCUCUUCCGGGGACGCGACUUCUUCAGCUCCUGGCGUUAAACAUGUUCGCCAUCGAGUCGACGCAGUUAAAGGAUUCCCAAAUGGAGCAAGGGUACCGGUCCGAGGUCCAAGAAAGGGCACUGGUUGUAUCCUUGCAGAUGUUCAAUCUGAUUUUAGAACGUGGCGUGUCCUUGCUCAAGUCUCAGUUGGACAGCGGCGAAGAGUCGAGGAUGGUUGUUAGCGAGGACAUGCAAGUCCUUUUACCAGCUAUCAAGAUCUGGUGCGACUGGAUGCUUUGUCACAGCACCGUUUGGAAUCCACCACCAUCUUGCACGGACUAUAGAGUCGGGCCACCUGGGGACGCCUGGAGCAGGCUGGCCAUGAUGGUGAACCUACUGGAAAAAUUGAAUUACUCCAGAACGAUUCUUAUCCAGGCCAAGGACGCGGAGGGUCGAGAAGACGAACUUGAAUUGGUAAAACUGCCGGAAGAUAUGACCUUGGCAGGAUUCACGCCACUGAUGUCGAAUCCGCAAGAUCCUUGCUACGCCGAAAAAACCGAAGAUAUGGAAGUUGCUCAAGUGUGCCUCAGGAUAAACAAGAUUCUGUUCUUCGGCCAAGUGUUCCUGUGCGGCCUCGAGACGCCGGUAUUGAAGUUGCAGAAGAGCGAAACUGGCAUUAGCGAGUACGUCUCCGUGGUGGAGGCAUCGAGCACGAGCACGCCGAGUUCACCACCAGAGCAGAGCGACUCGGAGCUCCUGGUGGAAAGUUACAGCGAGGGUGAAGACGAGCCAGUUUCCACCCUCAAAAGAUUACCCUCGUGCACAGACGUACCUGACGAUAGCAUCGCGCCCGUAGCCACGGUUGAGAUAAGGUCGUUGAUCGAGAGAAAAGAAGAAUUGGAGAGGCGGCAGCGGAAACAGGAUCGUCAUAGACAGCGAGUGCAGCAAAUCUUGCAAAAGUCUUCAGUUUCGGUGGAAAUCGAAGUGAGACCUAGACAAUUGGUGCCAGAUACUAACUGCUUUAUCGACUAUCUACCGCAAUUACAAAAUAUCGCGAAAGCAAUUGCUGGCGCUCAACCGAUUUACACGCUUAUGGUGCCACUUGUAGUUCUGAACGAGCUCGAGGGCUUGGCAAGGGGUGCGGACGCCAGAGAUUGUCCUCCAGCUUCGAGGGCGACUUUGGAUCCAGAACACGUGGCCAGGGUGGCUGAGAGCGCAAAGGUAGCUCUGGCUUUCGCGAGAAGCAGAAAUCCGGCGAUUCGGUGCUUGACCACCAGAGGAACUGUGCUGACAUCCAGCACGUUUACGGUAGAAGAGGAUGUUGACAAGGACGGGUUGACAAGAAACGAUGACAGAAUACUGGCUACGUGCUUGAGCCUCUGCAAGGCGGGUAACAAAGAUCAAGUAAAUGCAGAAGAGGGUCAGCCACGACGACUCAGGAGGGAAGUUGUCCUAUUAACGGAUGACAGAAACUUGAGGGUGAAGGCGCUAGCAAGGGAUGUUCCCGUAAGAGAGGUGCCCGAUUUUAUGCAAUGGGCCGGCCUUGGUUGAGACGCUUUUCCGACCAAACAUA